AUGAUGGCCAUGCACCAAGUCGCCCAAUAUUGGAAUGAGUGCAUGCAGAUAGCGGACGAAGAGCAAGACUAUGCGAGUUCAAAGAUUGAGUCGCUGCAAGACACUCUCCAUCGCCACCAAUUGACGCUCGCUGAAACUCAAUCUCGACUCGAUGAGAAGACAGGCAAAUUGCGACAUUUCGAGGCCUGUUACCAGCAGCUUCAGAAAGAGAGCGGCAGAACGGUGGAAUGCAACAAGCAACUUGAAGGGGAGAUUAUAUCGCUGCAGGCUCAUAUCACUGAAUCAAAGGGCCGAGUGGCCGAUUUUGAAGAGAAAACGCGACGAUAUCGAGACAAGAUCAACGAAGCAAUCACCGAGCAACAGAAUCUCUGGCAGCGAUCGAAAACGUUCCACGCAAAAUCAAUGACAGAGCUGGAGAAGGAUCAUCAGCAUCGCAUCACAGACUCGAAGAAGGUUGAGAAGGCUCUUGAGAACAGCCGCCAGAAGCGCGAGGAAAUGAGAGCAUGCUUGGCGGAACUCAGAACUAGCAUGGGCCAGGAACUUCAGGCGAAGGACAAAGCAAUUCUUGACUUACAAUGCAAGCUAAUGGAGCAAGAGAAGCGGCUCCGAUGUGAGAAUGAUCUUGCGUCGACGGUCACUCGGCAGCUAGAAGCGCAGAAAAGCACACAAAUGACCGUCACCGCCCUGGAAAGCAAAGUCGACUCCCUCUUAGCGACUUCGCGGGAAGCAAAGAGGGAGCUGGACGGCGAUGUUGCGUACAUAGGGGAGGUGUACGAAAGGUACAUCACCACGCUCUGCGGUGUGUUUCAUACUAACACCGAUGCAGAAUUGAAGCCUUAG